AUGCGCCAUAAGCGUAAUUACAAUCAAGAUAUCAGAUAUAACGGAGCACCUGAUCUUGGACACUCUGACACACAUGUGGUUGAUAUGUGCGCGAUGCUGUUUACUGAACUUACCGGUGAGAGAUUUCGCGUGCGUGCAUAUGAAGGGCCAUAUGAUCCAAACUGUAUCGGUGAACUAUAUUCAUGGCCGGAUGAUUAUGUUUCUACCGAUGAAUCAUUCGGUGUUGCUCACCUACGACAUCUGUUUGACGAUACCUUUUUGGUAAAUCUAGGAAAAAGGCUGCGUAAUACACAACUCGCCCUAACAUUUACGAUCAUCAGCAUACAGCUAGAGAACAAGGGAUGCCAUGUCUGUGUCGUGACAUGCGCACAGCUCAGAAAUGGCUGUGCGCGAGCGCAAUUCUACGAAAACAACGAGCGUUUCCAUACAACUGCUGAGACUCAAAGCGAUGUCCGACAUCUUCAUUCACAAUUGAGAAAUGAUGUUGAUGUUUCUGAACGUGUGACAGCUGAAGCAGAGGAAGCACAAGCUCACAACCGACAAGUCGAAGAGAAAGCCCAUGUAGUAGUACUGGAAGAAACCGUGAGCGAUAAUAGUAUGGCCUUUUUGCCUUCGACUAUGCAGGCCGAUGGUGCUUACAUUCCUGAGCCAGUUUCAAUGAACACUGAUAAACAUACGGCUCAACAACCAACACAGCGCCGACAGCAUCGUACACGUGGCCCUAUAAAUCCGAACCGGAAUAAUAGGAGAAAUGCUUAG